AAGGAUAAGAAACAUUGCAUACAUUAACAAAAUUAGCAUAUUUUCUUUCAUAUUCACCAACCAAUCAUUCUCAUAACCAAAACUCACAAAACUUACUCACUUUUAUCCCUUGAGGGCAAGAACAGUAUCAUGGCUUCUGCUUGUGCUUCUUCUGCCAUUGCAGCUGUUGCCAUCUCUCCAAGUUCUCAGAAGAAUGGAUCACCCAUGGGAACCUCAAAAGCUUUUCUUGGAAGGAAACUGAAGGUGAACAGCAACAUUGCAGCACCAGUUAGAGUGAGAUCUACCACAACAGUGUGUGCAGCAGCUGAGCCUGAUAGACCUUUGUGGUUCCCAGGAAGCACCCCUCCUCCAUGGCUAGAUGGCAGUCUCCCAGGAGAUUUUGGUUUUGAUCCUCUUGGACUUUCCUCUGAUCCAGAGAGUCUGAAAUGGAAUGUUCAAGCCGAGCUUGUGCACUGCAGAUGGGCAAUGUUGGGAGCAGCAGGAAUUUUCAUCCCAGAAUUCCUAACAAAGAUUGGUAUCUUGAACACACCUUCAUGGUACACUGCUGGAGAGCAAGAGUAUUUCACAGACACCACCACACUCUUCAUAGUUGAGCUCAUUUUCAUCGGUUGGGCCGAGGGUAGAAGGUGGGCUGACAUCCUCAAUCCAGGUUGUGUCAACACUGACCCUAUCUUUCCAAACAACAAGCUCACAGGAACUGAUGUAGGAUACCCGGGUGGACUUUGGUUUGAUCCACUUGGUUGGGGAAGUGGUUCUCCUCAGAAGCUUAAGGAGUUGAGAACAAAGGAAAUUAAGAAUGGGAGAUUGGCUAUGUUGGCUGUGAUGGGAGCUUGGUUCCAGCACAUUUACACCGGCACUGGUCCUAUUGAUAACCUUUUUGCUCACCUUGCUGAUCCUGGUCAUGCUACUAUUUUCGCUGCUUUCACUCCCAAGUGAGAAGAGCUAGGAAGGACAACUAUGAGGUUGUAAGCCUUGAAGAAACAAUGGUGAACCUGUUUUACUAAGUAGUAAGGCUUACAUGUUUUUUUAGGGAGGAGUGUUUAUGUUGGUGAAAGGUUGUAAAAUGGCUACCUACUACUUCUAUGUGAUGCACAGGUUGAUGGUUCAAUGUAUAAAUACCUCUUUAAGUUUAGAUGUUUUGAAUGUAAAUCCAGGAAGUAACUAGUUACGUUUUUGCAUGGAUGA